AUGAAUGCAGCAGCAGAAUGUGGCACCAAGGCCGCUCCUCCCAAGUUCAAGCAAAAGGAAACGAGGCAGUUUAAGAGCAAGGCUCCAAAAGCUGGACAGAAGGGGUUUGACAAUGAUGUCCCAGGAAUGGAGGGUCUUGGAGACUCAGCAGUGGUCUGCCCCUGGGAGGCAUUUGGCGACAUGGAGCUGAGUGACCUGGCUCAGUUUGGCAUUGUUUAG